AACCUUUACAAAAUUUGUCAAACCCACGUCAAGUUCGGUCAACAGAAAAUGUCACAAAAAUAAGAUUUUUCUCUAUUUUAAAAUAAAAGUUUAAAUUUUUCUCUCAAGGAAAAUUUUCUGAUAGACAGACUAUCAUAAAUAAGUAAAAUACAAUCCUUAAUUUUGUAACUUUUUUAGGUUAUGUUAAUGUCAAGAACGUGAUUUUAUUUUAGAAAUUUAUAUUUAACAAUGUAUGGAUUACAAAGAAUUUCAUACCGAAUCUAUAUUCGCAAUGGGUUUCGACAUUAUUCCCAACAACCUGCAAAGAGAAAUUCCUUUAUUGGCCGGCUCUUUGAAAAUUUCAAAGAUGAGAUGGCCAAAAACAAAGAAAUGAAAGAAUCCCUUAAAAAAUUUCGAGAGGAAGCUCAAAAAUUAGAACAAAGUGAUGCACUAAAAGCAGCUAGGCAGAAAUUUGAAAGUGUAGAAAAAGAAGCUAGUAAAAGUAGUGAAGUUUUUAAAGAAAGUUUAGGUUCUGUUAAGGAAAAACUUAAAGGAGUUAUAGAUGAAGCUAGUAAGUCAGAUUUAGCAAAGAAGGCUGGCAAAUUCACAGAAGAAGUUGGUAAAACUACACAUAAAAUAAGUGAAACAGCUCAAGAAAUUAGUAAAACUGGAGCAUUUCAAAGUAUAUCUCAAGCUACUAAGGCUGUUAAACAAGAAAUAGACAAUACUAGUAUAGAAGGUAGAGUAUAUGUCAGUCCUAAAAUACUACGGAAGAGAACAGAAACAAGUGCAGUUGUCCAUCAAAAAUAUUAUGAACCAAACACAGAUGCUACAGGUGUUGAAUUACACAAAGAUUCUAAGUUUUAUGAAUCUUGGCAAAAUUUCAAAGAUAACAAUCCAUAUGUACAUAAAGUUAUGGACUGGAAAUUAAAAUAUGAUGAAAGUGAAAAUCCUGUCAUCCGUGCUUCCAGAGCACUCACAGAAAAAGUUGGUGAUAUCAUGGGUGGUUUAUUUCAGAAAACGGAACUAUCUGAAACACUUACAGAAAUCUGUAAGAUAGAUCCUGACUUUGAUACCAAAAGAUUUCUGAAACAAUGUGAGACUGAUAUUAUUCCCAAUAUUCUUGAAGCCAUGACAAGAGGAGAGUUAGAGGUUCUUAAAGAUUGGUGUCAUGAAGGUCCAUUUAAUCUUUUUGCUGUUCCUAUAAAAGAAGCUUAUAAGAAGGGAUACAAAAUUGAAUCAAAAAUUUUAGAUAUUGAUCAUGUGGAUUUAGUUUUGGGCAAAGUGAUGGAACAAGGGCCAGUUUUAAUAAUAUCCUUUACCUCCCAGCAAGUUAUGGCUGUCCGAGAUGCCUCAGGUGGAGUUGUUGAGGGAGAUCCUGAUAAAGUGAUGAGAGUUAACUAUGUAUGGGUACUAUGCAGAGAUGUGACGGAACCUGAUCCUAGAGCGGCAUGGAGACUCCUUGAUCUUUCUGCCAACAGCAACGAACAACUGGUUUAACACAACCAUGAACGAUGUUAUGACAAAUUAAUGAAAUAUAUGAUUGAUCGAC